UUUGCUUUGGCAGUAAGUCUCGCCGCACUUUAGCUUUCGAAAACCCUGUGCCGGGGAGAAAUGCCUUCACUGGGACGCACACAGACUCCUCGACUUCAGCCAUGGCGGACGCUAUCAGGUGCGCCUGCGAGUCACUGAACUCCGUGCUGGGAUACCUGGUAACGAUGAGGAUCUCCGAGAUCCGGCACUGCUUCGAGCUCCUCGGAGUGGCGCACGUGGAGGUGCUCGCAGGUGUGAUCAUUUUCAUCCUGAUGCAGUUCACCAAGUUCACGGCCGUCCUGAUGCUGGCCAUUCUCCUGGCGUACGGCAUAUUCUACCUGUGGGACACCUUCUUCCCAGAAAUCAGUCAGCUCGGUCGCAGGGGAAUGAAGAUGUUCCGAAACGUGCGCACCUCCGCCAACUUGCCUCCAUUUGCUUCAGACACUGAGGAGACGCCUGGAGAGUACCAAAUCAGUCCGAGAAGCCAGCAAUACACCAGUGGCAUGAUGACUCCGCCGAACACCAUCAACAUGCCAAUGCUACUGCCGAUGGUACAAACGAAGAAUCUCAGGACGACAAGCCUGCAAACGGAUCGUAGAAGACAGGAGGAGGAGAACAGGAGGGGUUCCCGUGGACACUCGGCAUAUCAGGAAUCGCAGGACACGGAUAGGAAGCACCGAAGAGAGAGACCCAACUGGCGAUCUGUUCACUCUGAUAUGGAAAGGGAGCAACCGUCUACAUCCAAGAAGGCUCAUCAUGGAUCCAGUGGCGGAGGUGAGUCCAGGCGGAUGUCAAAUGUAAUGGGAACCCCGACCGUUACCAGCGGAAUGGUGGACACCAGGAGACUUCCAAACGUGGCCAAAGACCAAAUCAAGCGACUGCCAAACAUCACGAGCGGAGAGUCGCGGAGGACAGCCAAGGAAGCAGGUGGCACCAACAAUUUCAAGAAGUUGCACCACAUAACCAGUGGAGAGCUCACGGAGUCCAAAAGGAUUCCUAGAAUAACCAGUAAUACCACUGAAUCCAGAUGGCUGCCCAGAGGCGAAAUGAAAGAAUCGCGGAGGAUCCAACAGAUAACCAGCAACACCAAUGAGUCCCGAAGAUUACCCACUGUAACCAGUGGUGAGGUGAAGGAAUCCAGAAGGAGUUCGCAUCCCCACGGAGGUGGAGAGUAUCGGCGCACUUCGAAUAAUCAGAGAGAUGGUGGCGGAGGUGGUUGGGAGUCCAGAUCCCGCCGGUCUGCGGAGAAAUCCAAUCCCACCCAAGGUCGCCGGCAUGAGGAGCAAACGAAGCAGCGCAGGAGCAGCAAUGGACACCCCGGAGUGACCAAGCGGCAAUUUCCGGAUGAUCAUUUCGAGCGGUUGAAGCUGGAGAAUCGGGAGUUCCAGGCCCGGCGCCUUCAAGCGAGUGGAGCUGCAUUCCGGCAAAGUCUAAGUAAUCCCACCUCCGAGGGCGCUCUGCUCACCAAACAGGAGAACUUUAUUGAAAACCAUCGGCAGUACGACAGGCGGGAUGCCCCGAGAAACACCAAGCCAAGUAAUCCAAACAAAGAUGCCAGUUAUCGGCACCGAGCCCAUCAUCGCAUGCUUAAUCCGAUACUUUAAAAUGGAUAGGCACAGCGUGCGAAGGAAGCCCUCAUUUGCAAGCUGUGAAGACAGCCCCUCAACAACCAGCGUAGAUUCAAGAAAGACCAUUCAAUUUGAGGAAUAUCCAAACACGGUGGAGAUUGAUGACGUUACUGAGGAAAGACCAAGCCGGAAGCCCGCAAGGCAACAGAUCGAAAGCGCUUCGAAGGUUCCCAUAGGUAGGAAUACACCUGUUGAAAAUGCACAAUUUGAAAGCGGGGAAUCCAGCCGUGAGCAUGUGAAUAAUCCGGAGGAGUAUCCCUAUGUUGUGGAGAUACCCGACCAGGAAGAAAAAAAACCGCAGAAGGGGAGCCAAUCUGCCAAAUCCAAAAUCAAAUAAGGCGAAGAAAUGGAACAAAGAACUUCGCUAAUUUUCUAUGUUAUCGAAAUUAUUAAUUUUUGUAACAUAUUUAAAUUCAAAAUAAAAACGUAACGUUUUAUGGGCAGCACUUGA